CAAUCCAACCCAACAACAAAACCCAAAAAAUCAAAACCAAGCUAUCCUAAACUUCAUCCUGUGAAAUUCUGUACAAAUACCAAAUGAAGAUUUGCUCCCUAUGUACUGCAGUCAGUGUAGAUGAAAGCAACAACCACAGGGAUGUGUCCAAGGGGCUCACUGAAGUGACAGGGGAACGUGGGACAUGACUAAGGCUAUUUGGCAGUGCCAGAUUUUGCUCCCAGAAACAUCUUUUUUUCCAGGCACAUGGCCAAGAUGGAACUACUGUUCCCAACCCUGUAAAGGGCUGGCCCAGAGCACCAUGCUUCAGUAAGGGGCAGCCUUUGCCUUUCCAGGAAGUUGAAAUCAUCAUCAUUUUGAUGGAGGACAAGAGCAUGAUUGAGCCUUUGGUGCAGGCAGGCAGAGCACUCACAUAGAUCUCCUCUCAAAGGCAGGCAGAGCACUCACAUAGAUCUCCUCUACCUCUGGCAAAGAAUGAGGAGGACCUCCACAAUACCCACACAGAUUGAAAAAAAAUCCAAAAGCAAAACCCAAAAGACCAUCAAAAUUCAACAUGAUUGCUUUUGGACAGUGAACGUCUGUUCACUGCACACUGAUUUUCAGUGAUGAACAUUAAUUUUCAGUGAUGUUUUGAGCCCAAAGAAAUUAAUUUUCUUUUUGUGAAAAUAUUUUCCUUGUAACUUCCAGAGGACUAUCCACUGAAGUAUCUCUUUUCCAAGAAAAAUAUAGGAUCGGAUGACAAAUGUCUACCCAGAAUUAAAAAAGAAAGAGAAAUCCAUACUUCCUCACAAAACUAUAGUGUUCCAAUCAAAUUCCCCUUCCCAGCUUGGCCCAGUUAAGGAAUGAAGGGAGGUGCUCAAUAGUCUAUCAGCUGGACUGGGCCUCUGGUGACCCUGGAAUUCAUCACAUCUCCAUGAGAAAACAGUCAGCUCUGCACUUAGUCAACAUCAAAUAAGUUCAUGGGGGCUUAAAUCCAUCCUCUCCUCAUCUGCGCUGCCACCCUUCCAGGCUCUCCUUUAAUGUCCUGGUCAGACUUCAUCGACCAGGCUUUGGGGCUGCUGCUCAGGAAGAACAAAGGUUUUCACCUUCUGGGAGGUGAAACAGCUGCUUUGUCAAGCUUCUGAAUUUGACAAUUGUUUAACUGCCUAAAUUGUAGAGAAGGAUCCUGGGAAGAGUAUUUAAAGUCCAUGGGAAACUCCAUGGAGCUGCUCAGGAGAUUCACUUUUUGUAACGCUCACUUGUGGUCCAAACCAGAGCAGUAGUGUAGACACGUCCUUUGCAACUGCCAGCCAUCCAAGAUAGCUAGGAUAAUGUUUACUUUAAGAGAAGUAAAAUUGUUCCCAAAAGCCAGAGACUGCCUUGACUACAAUGGCAGAGCAGGCACCUUGCUCGCAUGCAGAUCCUUGUGGAACAUUCAGAUAUUCCCCCACCAUCCUGCACACCCCAGCAUGCUCUGUGUCCCUGCACACAGCUGGGCCCAGCUGUGCUUUUUGUGCUCCCACAGCUUUCACCCAGAAUACACUGAAGCUGUGUGUCUGCAGGGAUGCAAACUCUGAGUCAAACAUGCUCUUCAACCUUCCAAAGGCACCACUCUAUGCCUGUGCAAGGCCACUGGACUCCUUCCAAAUGAGCUGAGCUCUGUGGGAUAGAGAAAAGUCCCCAUGGCCCUGUUUUGCCACAGAGCUAUUUUACUCUGUUUAUGUGCUGGCUGUCCAUCUGCAAAUGCAAUGCAGAAUUGGCCCCUCAAAGAGAGUUCGAGUCAGCGAUUGAAACGUUUUGACUUAAAUGAGCUUGUAGACAAAGACAAACAAAAGAGACUCUCUGGAGUCCAUUAAUUAACAGCAUUAUGUCAUCUACAAGACUGCAGUAGAAAAAGCCACCUGAGUGUGCCAGGAAGUUAGAGAGCAGCUGUUUUCUCAGAGGCGUAGACAGUACGGAUAUUCCACGCUCCUUUUUAAAUGAAUGUGUGUGGAAAUCGAGUUGCUGAUGCCUGGAGGCUUUGGAGAGCAGUGUCCGUUUGUACUGCAGUGAGAGUUCAGUCCAGCCAGAUGUCAAAUCUGAUCCAUGUCCAAUUGUGAGCCAUGCCUUUGGUGAAAAGGAACAUUGAACCACGGCAUCUCUGCCGAGGAGCUCUGCCAGAGGGAAUUACAAGUGAACUGGAAUGUGUAACAAAUAGCACCCUUGCUGCUAUCAUACGCCAGCUAAGCAGCUUAAGCAAACAUGCUGAAGACAUAUUUGGUGAAUUGUUUAAUGAGGCCAACAGCUUCUACAUCAGAGCAAAUUCCCUCCAAGACAGAAUUGAUCGCCUUGCUGUCAAAGUCACCCAGCUGGAUUCAACAGUGGAAGAGGUAUCCUUACAGGACAUCAACAUGAAAAAAGCAUUCAAGAGCUCAACAGUUCAAGACCAGCAGGUAGUUUCAAAGAACAGCAUUCCGAACCCGGUGGCUGAUAUUUACAAUCAAAGUGACAAACCACCACCUCUGAAUAUUCUUUCACCUUAUAGGGAUGAUAAGAAAGAUGGAUUGAAGUUCUAUACUGAUCCGUCCUAUUUUUUUGAUCUUUGGAAAGAAAAAAUGUUACAAGAUACUGAAGAUAAGCGAAAAGAAAAGAGGAGACAAAAGGAGCAAAAGCGUAUAGAUGGCACCACCCGUGAGGUGAAAAAGGUUAGAAAAGCCAGGAACAGACGCCAGGAGUGGAAUAUGAUGGCAUAUGACAAAGAGCUUAGACCUGACAACAGGUUGUCUCAAAGUGUGUACCAUGGAGCAUCUUCCGAGGGAUCACUGUCCCCAGAUACUAGGUCCCAUGCAUCCGAUGUUACAGAUUAUUCUUAUCCUGCUACUCCGAAUCAUUCCCUCCAUCAGCAGAUUUCAAUGCCUUCCUAUGGAGCAGGAGAUGGUCCACAGUACAUGGCAGCAUCCCAAAGCCACGAGCACGAAUACAGACCGCCCUCCACCACUGUACGACAUGCCACUUUAAACAGACCUCAGCAGCCACCUCCCCCUCCACCCCAGCCUCCAGAUGGCCAGCACAGCUCAGUACCUGUGGUACCAGCAGAAUAUGGGAUGCUCCCAGCUCAGAUGGUGGAUUACUACAAUCCUACAGGUCCUCCCCCUCCUCCUCCCCCUCCUAUGAUUCCUUCAGCACAAACUGCGUUUGUUAGUCCCCUUCAGCUUCCCGUUCCACCUUCCCAUUCCGGACUGGUGACUGGCUCUACAUAUGCAGCUACUCAUCCUCCUCCUUCUGGUGGGCUUGUUGUCACUGCUCCUCCUCCUCCUGGCCCACCUCCUCCCCCUCCAGGCCCUCCUGCUGCAGGUGCAUCCCUCUCUUCCUCCCCCAUGCACGCUCCUCCGGUGUCGGAGGCGAAGCAGGCACCGAUGAGCGAUGCACGGAGCGAUCUGCUGGCUGCCAUCAGGAUGGGAAUUCAGCUGAAGAAGGUGCAGGAGCAGCGUGAGCAGGAGGCGAAGCGCGAGCCCGUUGGCAAUGACGUGGCCACCAUCCUGUCGAGGCGCAUUGCCGUGGAGUACAGCGAUUCCGACGACGACUCCGAGUUUGACGAGAACGACUGGUCAGAUUGAGUGUGGUCCAAGCCUGCUGGCAACUGCAUUAAAUACUUGGCUUCGGUGAUUGCUUUGUUAGCAAGAUGUAAAGCAGGACGUUGACAUGUGUUAAGGCUAGUGAGGGAAGUGCUAAAAUUGAAUUGGUAUUAUUCAGAAUGCUGUAGCUUAGCAACUCUGGUAAUAAUGAUGUGAUUAUGCUUAUGCAGAUCAGAAACUUGUCUUACUUUCAGUAUUUACUGCAUAAUACUUAAGUGCCACUAAAUGUAGCAACUCUUGUGCUGCGUGCAAGAUAUGAUGCAGUUGUUGCACUGUUACAGAACCAGCAUUUUAUUUUACUUUCCUGUUCUUGAAGGGAUAAAAUAUAUUUUUUUGACUUUACAUCUUACUCUUUUAAUUAUGUAAGCAACUUAGAUACUUGUGAAUUGGUCUGGUUGUUAGUCUUUGAGGGCAACUUACUGUAUAGCUGAGUGAGGUGUUGAGUUUCAUAAAUGUGACUUCUAGCUUUUUUAUUAGGUAUUAAUUAUGCCCACCUUAGUCUAUUUUUAACCACUUUUGGGCUUAAGUUUUUAUGCAUACAGAAUUGAUUUUAUACUAUCUUCCUUUUUAUCUUAAAAAUGUAGCACAUGACGAAAUGUAUACUUUGAAGAAUGACCCCAAGUGAUCAAAAAAGAACAUUUGGUGAGCAGACAGAUAUGUCUGUAAUGGUACCAGCUCUAAGUUACUGGCUGCUUGUUGGGAAGAGUGUUGGGGGGGUCUCUGCUGGGUAGCAGAUGCAUGUCUGUGUUAUAAAUGGAAAUGAGAAUACCUGUAGAGCUUUUCAGUCUUAAUAUAAGAUCAACUGGAUGCAGGAUAGACCUGAUGGAAACCCUGUGGCUGUUGCAGUGCAGAAAUGCUACUGCUAUUACUAAAGAUUGGAACAGUCUGGAUCUAGCAAUCAGAUACAUUUCACAAGUAUUAAACUUGGUCUUUAUGCCUGUAGGUAUACAUGUGUGUAAAUAAGUUCUGUUGUUGUUGAUUUGUACAUGUGUAGUUGUGUAGCACAUUGACUCAGAACUCUUAUUUUGAAUGUAUUUCUUUCCCAGUACAUCCCAUGGAUAAAACAGGGGCAGUUAAAGCAGUUUUGAUGGCUAUUGAGGUACUAUGCCAUAUAUAUAUAUAUAUAUAAAUAUAUAUACACACACACAAUCACUUUCUUAGUCCUUUCCUAGGCAUAGUUGCUGCCAUAAAGCCUGCUUUGACUGUCUCUGUUUUCCUUGUUUUCCAUUUUUUUUAUCAGCCGUACGGUAUUAAAAUGGUUUAGUUUGUUUUGGGGUUUUUUUUUUUCUUUUCUGGACCAAGAGUCAGGCUGCUGCUCUGCCUAAUGAGGCUUUUAAAUUUUAUUCACAGCAAGGAAGAUUUCUUUCCUUACCAGAUUACAGUUUUAAUCUUUGUAACUGAAGUCUGUGUAAUUCCAGGUCUAACAUUUGAUAAACCUCCUUUGUUCUGAGGCACCCCUAUCUGUUCUUAAAAGAAGUAUGUAAAAUAAAAAGAGAAAUGGAAGGUGAUUAUCUAACCUGUGUUUACACCAUUAACAGUUUUAGUCCUGACAAUGUAACAGUCUAACACAAUGUUUGCAUGCAAACUGUUGGCUACUGCAUUGCUGUUUAAUCUGCAUAUGAUUUUUCAAUCCUUGGUGGCUGCCUUUAUGGUAGAGGGAUAACGUGCUGCCUCAGGGCUGGUGUUAAAAUUUAUCACACAAAGUAUGACCAAUCUCUGCAUAGCGGUGAGCAACCACAGCUCUUGGUAACCAGGGGCAGCUGAAGGUACUUGCUGAUCUCUGUCCCACUUAGAGCUGGUUUUGUCUUUGCCUUAAAAUGCAGAGCUGAAGUGUGCUUUAUUUUGUGUCCUGGAGUCUGAGGUCUGUGUGUCCACCAGGGAGGACAGAAUUUAGGCCGUAGCCUGAUGGUGGCUUUCAGCACCGUGAGGGACAUGGCUUGUCCUUGCCAUCACGGUGUGCUUGCACAGUGGCCUGCAAAAUGAUCCUUGGGAGAGGAAGCUGAAGGUGCAACUGGGACCUCAGUGUUACAUCACUGCAUAGGUGGUGAGAGCACUCUCGAUGUUCUUUUGAUACAUGCUGAAAUGAAAUGUUUCAGCAGAAAGUUCUUUCCAAUCUACUGAAAUUUGAUAUGAGAGAAGAUAUAUUUUAUGAGCACAGAAGAUGGGUGUGUCUGAAAUUUUGUAAUUUGUGCUUAUUUUAAAUAAUAAGCAUUAAACAAGCAAUCAGUUGUGACCAGUGAGAUAGUGUAGAUUUUUCAGUCAUAGUAGCCAACCUGUUUUUCUGAACCUGCAAUGUUGUAAUUUUCCUUUUGGUAUUUUAUGGACGAAAUGUGAAUUGAAUUUAGUGAUGUAAACACUAUUCUAGGCUGUUUUUAUCAGUUUUAUCAUACUUUGGGUUGUGCAUAAGUAACAAAUAUGAAUAAAAUCUCACUUUUGA